ACAAAUGAUGGAGAAGUUCCCAGUUUCUUUGUCAUCCCCCACCCCUCAAUUCUGAUGGUAGCAAGGGGACAAAAAGGAAUGGGAUGCUUGACUUUGAGAGGCCGGAGUGGCCCUCCGAAUUCAUGGGUUCCACAUUCGAGGAUGCAGCCGACCUCCUGAUGGAAAAUAUUUGGGAAAAAAGUUCCACAAAGUUUAAAAAAGCAAAACUUGAAUUUGUUGCUCUCAGUUGCAGCAUCAAGCAAGUGGCUGGAGGGUAUUCGAAAAUGGUAUUACAAUGCUGCCGGGUUCAAUAAACUGGGCUUAAUGCGAGAUGAUACGAUAUAUGAGAAUGAAGAUGUAAAAGAAGCCAUAAGAAGGCUUCCUGAGAACCUUUAUAACGACAGGGUGUUUCGCAUUAAGAGAGCACUGGACCUGACCAUGAGGCAGCAGAUCUUGCCUAAAGAGCAGUGGACAAAAUAUGAGGAGGAUAAAUUCUACCUUGAACCAUAUCUGAAAGAGGUUAUUCGGGAAAGAAAAGAGAGAGAAGAAUGGGCAAAGAAAUAAUCAUGUAGUCUAAAUCUGGACGCAGCUAUCCUAAAGUAUUUUUAUGAAGUUGGUUAAACCUGAAAUGUACAAUGUAGAACUAUCUGGGCUGUAAAUGUAUUACUUUAAAUAAAUCUCUAUUAUAAUUA